AUGCCUUCCACCUCGAACACCCCAGCCGUCCCUCGCCCCAUUGUCAAGAGGGCUUGCCACACCUGGCCUGGGCACGGACCCAUCCAGCCUUUGAGCCACUUCGAGGACUUCCUCCGGAGAUUGGCGCCAAGACCGAGUUCGCAAGCGUCUGCUGCGUCCCUCGCCCAACUCGACAAGGCGCGCGCCCCGUCGCAGGAGCCCAUCAAGGCCGCCGCCGGCCCUUCACUGCGCCCCGAGAGCAGGUCGCGAACCAUGUCCUGCUCGAAGAUGUCGGGCUUUCCUCUCAAGAGCCCAGCGGCCUCGAUCAUCGACCUCGGAACCCACGAAGCGGCUUUGCAAGCUCCGCGCGGGUAUUUCUCCGCGCGCGAGUCGCUCCUGAACUGCAUGGGCGUGGUGCCCGAGCCCCCCCUCUCCACCAUCAGCACUGUGGAACCCGAAGAACGCCGCUCUCGCGCCCUGACGCGCGCCUUCCACGACCCCCGCCACGCCCCCGCCCCCGCGCCGCGGCCACUUCUCCGCUCCCGUUCCACCCGCCGCUCCUCCAGUCGCUCCUCUGUCGACUCCCUCGCCACCGCGUCCUCCUCUGAGGCGCCCGCCACGCCGAAGAGCGCGUCCCUCGUCGGCCUGGACGAGGCACGGGUCGGCGAGCACCGCGACCGCAGCUCUCCAUCGCCAAGCGCGAGCGUCGCGGCCCUCGAAGAGAUCGAGCGCACGUCGCGCUUCAGCAAGCCGUCGGUGUGCACCGGGUGCAAGCGCGCGGGCGCGAACUACCCCACGUGCGCGCGCUGCGGCGACGACUGGUGCUCGCGCGCAUGCCGCACCGGCGCGACGCACGGGUGCCUCGCCGCCCCUGCCCCUGCCCCCGCCGCUGUCGUCCGCGCGUGA